AUGCCAUCCCUCGGCCACCGCUUAGAGCAGAUCGCAGGACGUGUAGCCGGGUCCAAGACUGCUGAAAAGACUGGAAAAGCCCCUGGCACUGAGCGUUUGGAACCAGUUUUGCAUGGCACUGAGCGCGAGUGGCACUCGACGACUUCUUAUCGCCUGUUCCAGGCUCCAGAGGAUGUGGUGGAGGAGCCGAAGAAAGGGAAGCUGGCAGCGUUGGGGAAGCAUUUUGCUUGGGGAAGUGUAACAUUUGUGACUGGGGAAGUCUAUUUUCGAUGUGAAGCGCCAGGGUAUGAGCCCGAGUACGGCAACGAAUACGACUAUGGCUAUGGAGGUGGCUACGAGGGUUACGGCGGGGGCUAUGGCUACGAUGACUAUGGCUAUGGAGGGGCCGAGGACUAUGGCGGCGGUGAGUACCUGGAGGAAGAGAGCCCGUUGAUAUCCACUGCACCAGCUGCUCCAAGCCACAAAGCCUUGCAGGAGCCAAGACUAUGGUGUCAUUGA